GAGAGCGAGAGUAGGAGCAAUGCGCGGAUCCUCAUAUCUCCCCACCCCCUUCCUCCUCUUUGCUCCACUCCAUCUCUCACAACACUCUCUCUUAUAUUGAAAUUGGUCUGAGGCGAACAUGAUCACAGAAUACCGCUUCUCUAUUGCCGCACGUUGUGGGGCACUACGCAAAACCCGAUCCCUUGAAAUAGAAUAACCGGACAGGCUUAAGGAAAGGGCUUCAGAGUCCCACAAGAUACUUAGAAAGCUGGACACACGUUUUCUUAGAGGAAAAAAAACGUCUGUCUGUGCGUGUUAAGCGUUGCAAAGUAGCCUAUGUGUUUUAUUUAACUAACUACCGGAUAAAGUAGCCAUGUAUCUGCACGUUAUAAUGCGCGCAAGCAUUGGAUUAGUCGGUUUCUGUCUCGUCGCCUUUGUCCAACAGCCAGCUCGCGCUUCUGGAGGUAAAUCCACUCAAGAUGUGGAUGAGUGUGCAGAGCAAAUUGACAACUGCAGUAUCGAUGCCAUCUGCCAGAAUACCCUCAAAUCAUACAAAUGUAUCUGCAAGUCUGGCUACAAAGGGGAUGGCAAGCACUGUGAAGAUCUAGACGAGUGUGCGAGUGAGUACACCGGUGGCUGUGUCCAUGACUGCAUAAACAUUCCCGGGAACUACAGGUGCACGUGCUACGAUGGCUUCCGCCUGGCUCACGACGGACACAACUGCCUCGACGUGGAUGAGUGCUCGGAGGGGAACGGUGGAUGCCAGCAGAUCUGUGUCAACAUGAUGGGAAGCUAUGAGUGUCGAUGCAGAGAAGGGUUUUUCCUGAGUGACAACCAGCACACCUGCAUCCAAAGGCCCAAAGCGCGGUCAGAGGGCACCAAGGAGGGCCCCACCUGCAUGGACAAGAACCAUGGCUGUGCUCACAUCUGCCGGGAGACACCAAAGGGAGGCAUCGCUUGUGAGUGCAGACCUGGCUUCCAGCUCACCAGGAACAUGAGGGACUGCAAGUUGACCUGUAACUAUGGCAACGGGGGUUGCCAGCACAUCUGUGAGGAGACGGACCAAGGCCCCAGAUGUUCAUGUCACAUGAAGUUUGCCCUGCACGCCGACGGAAAGACAUGUGUAGGGGAGAGGAGUGUCCAGAACCAGGCUGCCCCACAGCUGUUCCCCAAUGAGACGUGCUCCGUGAACAAUGGUGGCUGUGACAGUACGUGUCAUGACGCUGUGACUGGAGUUCGUUGCAGCUGUCCUGUAGGCUUCACUCUACAGCCAGACCGCAAGACCUGUAAAGACAUUGACGAGUGUCGCCUGAACAACGGGGGGUGUGACCACGUGUGUCGGAACACAGUGGGCAGCUUUGAGUGCAGCUGCAAGAAGGGCUACAAGCUGUUGACCAAUGAGAGGACUUGCCAAGACAUUGAUGAGUGUUCUUUCGACCGGGCAUGUGACCAUUCCUGUGUCAACUCCCCUGGCAGCUUCCAGUGCUUCUGCCAUAAAGGCUAUGUUCUCUACGGUCUGGCACAUUGUGGAGAUAUUGAUGAGUGCAGUAUAAACCAUGGCGGCUGUAAAUAUGGCUGUGUCAACACUUUGGGCAGCUACGAAUGUACCUGUCCACCUGGAUACAAGCUGCACUGGAAUAAGAAAGACUGCAUUGAGAUGGUGAAAUGUCUACCUGGCCUAGUAGCACCCAAGACCACUCUGAGUUGCAGUAAAACAGGCAAGAAAGAGAGCUGCUCUCUCACCUGUGCUUCCAAGGCUCAUUAUCUGGCAGAAUCAGACAGCAGCUACACAGUGAGCUGUGGCAUCCCAAUCCUACGAGGCAAAACCCCAGCCAGACUUAACACAAGCAGCAGUCAGAGCUGCGUAGAGACAGGGGCCCCUCCAGUGAAGCAGACAGCCUCUUUCAAGAUCAAAGACGCCAAGUGCCACCUCCAUCCCAAGCUGACGGGUCGGGCUGAGGACAGGGGCCGAGCACUGGGGCCAGGUGAGGGUCCUCAUCCGGCCUACAUACCAGACUUUGGAGGUGGGCACCCCUGCAAUAACUGCCUGGUGACAUUUGUCAACCUUAAAUGUGACUCCUCCAAAAAGGCCAAAGGGCGUCGUGCACGCAACCCCAACAACAAGGAAGUCACCCGUAUCACUCUGGAGCUAGAGGCAGAGGUCAAGCCCGGGGACACCACGGGGAGCUGUAACCUAAGUUGCCUGCGCCAGCGUAUGGAGAAGCAAGUGAAGACUUACAUCAAGGCCCUGAAGAAGUCGAUCAACCAGGAGCGCUUCCUGAUACGCGUGGCUGGGCUGGAGUACGAGCUAGCCCAGAAGCUGCCCCAGGUUGCCACCAGCCAGGAGAACUGUGGGCCAGGACGUGAGAAGGACAGUGGGCGCUGUGUCAGAUGCUUGCCUGGAUCGUACUACCAUGGGGAACAGGAGCGCUGCGUCCAGUGUCCACCUGGCACCUUCCAGGAGAGGGAGGGGCAGCUGGCCUGUGACCUGUGCCCGGGCAGUGAUGGGCACGGACCUGCUGGGGCACGCAACAUCUCCUCCUGUGCAGGUCAGUGUCCUACGGGCUACUACGCCAGUGACGGGUUUAAACCAUGCCAGCCAUGCCCGUUAGGCUCCUACCAGCCGGACCUGGGACGGACCCUGUGCUUUCCAUGCGGCGGGGGGCUGAGCACCAAGCGGGAGGGGGCCAGCUCUUUUCAUGACUGCGAGGUCAAAGUCCAGUGUUCCCCCGGUCACUAUUACAACACCACGGUUCACCGGUGCAUUCGCUGCCCCCUGGGCACCUACCAGACAGAGUUCAGACAGAACUACUGCAUCACCUGUCCCGGCAACACCACUACAGACUUUGAUGGGGCCACCAGUGUCUCUCAGUGCAAAAACCGAGAAUGCGGAGGAGAGAUGGGCGAGUUCACGGGUUACAUCGAGUCCCCCAACUACCCAGGGAACUACCCAGCUAACGUGGAAUGCAUCUGGAACAUCAACCCGCCUAGCAAGCGCAAGAUUCUCAUUGUGGUGCCUGAGAUCUUCCUGCCUUCUGAGGAUGAGUGUGGCGAUGUACUGGUCAUGAGGAAGAACUGGUCAGCCACCUCCAUCACCACCUAUGAGACGUGCCAGACUUAUGAGCGUCCCAUAGCCUUCACCGCCCGCUCACGCAGACUCUGGAUAAACUUUAAGUCGAAUGAGGCCAACAGCGCCCGAGGCUUCCAGAUUCCUUAUGUUACCUACGACGAGGAUUAUGAACAGCUUGUAGAGGACAUUGUCAGAGAUGGAAGACUCUAUGCCUCUGAAAACCAUCAAGAAAUCCUAAAGGAUAAGAAGCUGAUUAAAACUCUCUUUGACGUGCUGGCCCACCCAAACAACUACUUCAAGUACACCACCCGGGAGUCCAACGAGAUGCUGCCCCGCUCCUUCAUACGCCUCAUAAGCAGCAAAGUAUCCGCCUUCUUACGACCAUAUAAGUAGUGUUCAAGUCAACCCCUUCACCUCCUGCCCCAGACACCGCCCCUUUCAAACAUGUAACUCAAACAGGACUUCUAAGUUGAUAAAAAUAACUCUUUUUUUCAUAUAGUAGGCUUUGAAGACACAGUUCACUAUGCAGUCUCAUAUGUAAAAUUAUUUUCGUAUCUGUAUGCCAUUUACUUCCUUCCAAAACCAUGUAGUCUCUGAAGUCAACCAACUUAGGUCAAAAUAAUUCCUAACAGGUUUUCUUGCUCAGCUCUUUUUAAUAUUUAACACAACUGGUUUUGUUUUUGUUGUUGUCAUUCUUGUUGAUACUAUUAUAUAGCAUAGUUGGCCUUGUCUGUCAUUUUCACAGCAAUCUAUAGUGAGAAGGAUGUGUGUGUGUUCUGGAUUUCACGUGACACAUGUUAAGUCUUUCAGUUGGACAAGAGGUGCGUUUGUGUCAGACAGGAAGACGGUUGAUGAAAGUGCCAUAAGGUUGUCACAUUUGUUUUAAGAAGGAAUUAGAAAAUCGGAAACCUGCUUUAAUCAGCAGGUUUCACUUGAGUUACAGCUGCAGAUUUGACCGUGCCAGGACAAGUCUGUUUCGAUAACUGUAUAAACUUUUCUAUAUCCAUAUACUCCAUGAGCACUCGUCAAGGAGAAGGACCUGUCCGUUUCAUGUCAUAGUUACAUUCCACAACAUUCAAAGCCUUACUAUAUUUGAGCUCUUAGAGCAACUUCUUAUUACGGUAUUACUGUUAAAACAGUUUUUUGUUUUGUUUUCUUCUGUCCAGAUUGUAUAACUGUCUGUUACCUACCCUCACAUAUGUUCAGUUAUUCUAUAUCCAAGUUAACUUAAAGUGUAUAAAAUUUAGUUUCUAUUUUCUUUCCAAAACGUGGACAUUUUGGAAUGAAAUAGAAAACUUGUUUUGUGAGAGCCACAAGAAAGAGACAGAGAAAAGUGUUUAUGUCUCUGUGGACCAUGACAGGGAGAGACACAGUGAUGUCUUAGCUAAGGGACAAGCCUCUGUGAUACAGACAAUGUCUUUGUUGGACACAACUCUGUGAGAGGAAGACAGAGAAAUGUCUUUGAGAAACAUAUGUUUGCUGCUUCUUUUAAAAAGGUCACUUUAAUUCUUCAAUCUCAAGUCCUGUUUCUGGUGUUUUCUUGACCUCACGUCACACUAAUUGUCAAUUGCUUUAAUAUAAAAGAAAGUUGAGUGUUCAGAGAGAUGCAUCAUAAGUAUAUAUACAACUCUACCACCUAUACUCAUGUAAGUUGAUAGUCACAUAACAUUUGUCUUUCCAGAUCCAUGGACUACCAACCAAUUUUAUUGUCUGUCUUUCAAUCUUGUAAAUAAUGAAAAUAAAUUAGACGAGGGUUGAAUCCUUUUAAUCCAAAUUCAUUUGAGCUUAAAUAGAGUCCUUAAAAUGUCCUUUUCACCCUCUACCUAAUCCAAAGAGCGCACCCCUUUCCCAAUACCUUUUAGAUUCUGUCCUAUUAACAUCAGCUCAUCCAAAGACUACCCACACAGGCAGGCCAAGUGAUCAUGGUGUGCACUAGAGCGACAGCCUGUCAUCUUACCUUUGUUGUGUAAGUGCAAUGAAUUAAGUAUCCAUAGUCAUCUUUAUCUCUCUGUAUCCUGAGAAAUUCAAACAGUUAAAAGACAGACUCAGCAAAAUGACACAUAGAUUCAGAGACAGAACAGCAUUGUAGGUCAGUUUCUGCAACAAUAGUAUAUAGUUAAAUCUUAGCUUCUUUGUUGGUGCUGUGGCUACCACACUGUUACAUUGUGGAGCAAACCUGAGCAUAUUUGCAGAUAUUUUCCUACAUUGUGCUGCUGUUGUCUCUUUUUAGAAGUGCCAAUACAGAACAAAAGAUUGACUUUUUUUGGACAAAUUUAAACAGUGCAGUGAAUGGGUUGUGAAUGAAGGUACUGCAUUUAUCUUUUCACUGCAAUAAUUUUGAAAAGGAAAUUUAGUUGAUCAGUACUCUUAUCAAUACAAUAAUUGUGAUUGAAUGAAUGCGACAAUUGCAUUCUGUGUAAAAGCUUCUGACGAUGACAACGAGCAGUCUUAACACACACAAAAUCUUUGUUGAAAAGAUAAAUGUUAGCUACUGCUAAAUAUCAUAGAGAUUUCCCUCAGAAGUGUAUGUUUUUUUUAAAAGUAAAUACAUGCAGACCUCAUACUAAGAAACAACUGUUGAGUAAAAUGUCACACAGAAUAUCUGCCAAAUCUGUAUUAAUUUAAAUGUAAAAAAAAAAAAGGUGUAGCUACAUGUAUGGUUGUCUUAAUGUACCAUUCAUUUUCAUAUUGCCCUCUUUUUGAUCCCAACAUUUGAAUGUCCAUAGCAACACUUCAUAGCACACACUGCUUCCACCCAGAGACAUCUAUUGAGCUGUUGACACUCCAUAAAAGCAAAGGUUCCUGGAGGAUCAUUUGUAGUUUCUUAAAACAAAACAUUUGUGAGAACCUCUAAUUAGUCCUCAAAAAACCCUUCUAAUGGUUCAGCAUAUUACUUUUUUGAAUAACCAAUGGAACCCCUAAAGGUUAUUCAGAGGGCAGCAGAUGGCCUAACCUAGCAGUUAGGAGUGUUGGGCCAGUAACCCAAAGGCAUGAUCGAACAAAUCUCAGAGCUGUCAGGGUGAAAUACAACUAAAUAUAUUAUAAAAGGUUAUUUGAGGAAACAUUAAAAGGGGAUUCUCCAGGAACUUGUUCUUUUUAGUGUUCCACCCAUCUUGGCUCAAUAUUCCCUCACUCCAUAUUCCUCCCUCUCUCCCUGCAGUCUGAAAACAUCCCAGAUCAACAUUCCCUCUCUCCAUAUUCCUCCCUCUCUCCCUGCAGUCUGAAAACAUCUCAGAUCAACAUUCCCUCCCUCCAUAUUCCUCCCUCUCUCCCUGCAGUCUGAACACAUCCCAGAUCAACAUUCCCUCACUCCAUAUUCCUCCCUCUCUCCCUAUUGUCUGAACACAUCCCAGAUCAACAUUCCCUCCCCCCAUAUUCCUCCCUCUCUCCCUGCAGUCUGAAAACAUCCCAGAUCAACAUUCCCUCUCUCCAUAUUCCUCCCUCUCUCCCUGCAGUCUGAACACAUCCCAGAUCAACAUUCCCUCCCCCCAUAUUCCUCCCUCUCUCCCUGCAGUCUGAACACAUCAGAUGUUGGUAUUUGUAGCUUUUUUUUUAAACAUGAGUUUGCUAUGAUGUAUCAUAGAGUUGAUAAUGGUAUUUGCACUUGAAAAUUGUUAUUGCUCAUGUAAAAAUGUCUGGAUUUUGUAUUGUCUUUUUAAAUGAAUGGAAUUGGUGUUCUUA